UGUUUACUUUUAAAACAGCUGUUAUGUGAAGAAAGAUUUGUAGAGGCCAUGGCAAGAGCGCAGACAAGAGGAAAAGGCAGGUUACUGUAAUAGCUGGAGCAAAAGAUGGUGGCCAGAACUACAAUAGGAGCAGUGGAGAUGGAAAUAAGUGAAUGGAUUUAGAAUACAUUUUGGAGGUGGAAUGAUAGAGCUUGCUGCUGUAAUAGAUAUGGGGAUGUAGGAAAGGAAGGAGAGAGUCACAAGUAUUUCCUAAAAUAAAUAACUAGAGUAAGUUACCCUACUAAGUUACCCCAAGUAAUUGAGUAAAGAACAGAUUGAGGCAAAAAGUAGAUCGAGACACCUGUUUUGGACAUGUUACAUUUGAGAUGCCAUUAAUUUUUCUCCGAAAGAUAGGAGAUGCACGUGAGGAACAAGUGAGUCAAAUCUGGAGCAUUUCACCAUCUCAAGUACCUGCUGAAAUUGACUCAAGUAGAGCUCUGCAGCCACCGUUACGUUUUCCUUAUUUGAAGUGAUGACACAGCUCACUGAAUGCCAUUUUUUCCCAUGCUGAAAAGGAAACUCUGGUUAUAAUUAGCACAAUCCCUUUUUGAGUGCAAAAGAUGAAAGCUUUAACACUUAGCACGCAGGGCACCUUAAGAUACCAGAAUAGAGGGUGCAUACAGUUUCAGCCCUCACCUUGGCUCAAGCAAAGCCACAGAUAUGGCUAACGUUACCCAGAGAAGAGGCUAAGGAGCGCCUUGAGGCCGCCCUGCAUGUUUUCACGAAUAAACGUCGGGGAAAGGAGCAUCGGACCUCUCACGUCACCCGCUUCAAGCACUUCUUCCCUCCCUCGGUCUCUCGGGAAGCCCGCGCUCACCUGAACAGGAUCGCUUCCGCACCUUUCCACCUGAGUCUGGCUGCACAGAGUGUGGUCCUGAAACGAGAGCCAUUCCACAGCGGAUAUGAGGACGCCAAACUAUCAGUUACCCGCCCUCUCCCAGCCCCGGCGAGACCCGUCGUGAUGCGCAUGCGCAUGGCCGGACGCUAGGACCCAGCAGUCUAGCUGGCGAGCGCUUCUGCCUUCAGGAAGUCUCGCGGUGUUUGCAUUUGAACCUCUGGGCGGGUGCCGACGAUGGCGGCGUCGCUCCCGCGACCUGCGAAUCGCCUCUUCCGAACGUAUGGGGCUGCGGGCGGCGGGGGGCCGCGGCGGCGACCCGGCAGGGCAGCGGCGCAGUGGUUCCCGCCGAAAGACCGGAAGCGUUUAUUCAGCAGCAGCAGUAGCAGCGACGCCAGCAGCGGCGGCCCCUCGCGCUCUAUCGCUUCCGACGAUCCCGACGACCCAGACUUCCUCGGCUUUCCGGUGGGUCGACGGCGGAGGGGCCCUGGCGGUCGAGUCUCCGAGGACCGGCCGAGUCUGAUCGCGACCCCAAGACGCCUGAGGCUGCGAGCUCGGCCUCCGCAGAACUGCAGCACCCCCUGCGGGCCGCUCGAACCGCCGCCCUUCUCUAACGGCAACCCGUGCCUACUGAGCCCGGACCUCAGUGCGUGCAGCCGGCCCGGGGACGGCGGCGAGCUGGGCACCAGUGCCUCCCUGUUCAGCAGUCUGGCCUCUCCUGGCCCCGGCCUCCCAGCGCCAGGAGACAGUGUCCUCGGGACCGGCCCCGCCGCCUCUUUGGAUGCAGCCUCUGAAGUUCCGAGUGGCUUGCACCUCCCAGCAGCCUCCCUGGACCCAGCAUCCCUCCACCGCCUCCAGGAGGCAGCAACAGGAGGAGGCAGGUUCACUAGGUUGGCCCACCAAGCCCAUGCCAACCUCAGGUCAGCUCUCUUUAGUGUCACGGACUCUGGAAACCCUGAGGAUUCUGAGAGUGGGGCAGUUGGGAGGAAUAUGAGGGAGUCUUGCUGUGAAAUGGAACAGAUGGGGAAGAGGCUGGAGAGGCCAGGUUUUUCAAGCAUGGGUAAGAAGAGGGCCACAGACCAGGGCUGUUGUCAACAGAUUGGGUCUCAAGGGGCUGCCCAGAUAGACUCCGAGGAGGCAGAUGGUUGCAAGGGCUGUAUUGUACCUGGGGAAAUCAACAGGCCUGAGAGAACUGGGCCUAGUCGAAAAAGGAAACUGCAGGAAACAGUAGAAACCUCCCUUCUCCAUUACCACCAGUUUAAGAGGGACCAAAAGAGGGAAAAAGACUCAUCCCUCACCCAGGACCUGACUCAUUUACAGAAUACCUCUUGGACCAAAGCCAGGGCUUCCUUCAGUUUCCACAAGAAGAAGAUGGUGACUGCUGUGUCGGAAGUAUGCAGUAGCUACACCAUUGCCAGUUCUCUCUCUGAGUCCCUCAUCUCUGAAUAUCCAAACCCUCCUGUUACGAACAGAACAAACAGUGCCAUGUCUCCUUGGAACUGCUCUUCCAUGUAUUUGCUAACCCCGUUUAAGACACUACAUGUCACAGACAAAAAGGUAUCAGAUGCUGAAAAGGUUUACGGGGAAUGCAAUCAGGAGGGCCCCAUCCCCUUUAGCAAUUGCCUUUCCACAGAAAAAUUGGAAUGCUGUCAGAAGAUUGGAGAAGGGGUGUUUGGUGAAGUGUUUCAAACAAUUGUUAAUCACACACCUGUUGCCCUAAAAAUCAUUGCUAUUGAAGGACCAGAUUUGGUGAACGGAGCCCAUCAGAAAACUUUUGAGGAAAUUCUGCCAGAGAUCAUCAUCUCCAAAGAGUUGAGCCUUUUGUCUGAUGAGAUACACAACCGUACAGAAGGCUUUAUUGGUUUGAAUUCGGUGCACUGUGUUCAAGGAUCUUACCCUCCCUUGCUCCUCAGAGCCUGGGACCAUUAUAACUCAACUAAAGGGUCUGCAAAUGACCGGCCUGACUUUUUUGAGGAAGACCAGCUCUUCAUUGUGCUGGAAUUUGAGUUUGGAGGGAUUGACUUAGAGCAAAUGAGAACGAAGUUGUCCUCCAUGGCUACUGCAAAGAGCAUUCUACACCAGAUCACAGCAUCUCUCGCAGUGGCCGAGGCAUCCCUGCACUUUGAGCACCGAGACUUACACUGGGGGAAUGUGCUCUUAAAGAAAACCAGCCUCAAAGAGCUCCAGUACACCCUCAACGGGAACACGAGCACUAUCCCCACCCGUGGACUACAAGUCAAUAUCAUUGACUACACCCUGUCACGGUUGGAACGGGAUGGGAUCGUGGUGUUCUGUGACAUUUCCAUGGAUGAGGACCUAUUUACAGGUGAAGGUGACUACCAGUUUGAGAUCUACAGGCUAAUGAGGAAGGAGAACAACAACUGCUGGGGUGAAUAUCACCCUUAUAAUAAUGUGCUCUGGCUCCAUUACCUCACAGAUAAGAUUCUGAAACAGAUGACCUUCAAGAUUAAAUGUAACACCCCCGCCAUGAAGCAAAUGAAGAGAAAGAUCCAGCAUUUCUAUAGGACAAUGCUGAAUUUCAGGUCUGCCACUGACCUGCUCUGCCAACACAGUCUGUUUAAGUAAGUCAGACAUGCCUUACAGGCCCAAACUGAGAGGGUACUGGUCUUAAAGCCCUUGAUGCUGUUUUCAGCCUUCAUCCCCAGAGCAGGGUGGAUUUCCCAUUCUAAAUGUUUCUCAUCAACUUUUCAAACAAUUUUGUUUCUUAGUAGAAACUAAAAUGUUUCUGAAGUUAACAAAUGUUCUUUAAAAAUAAACUAUACAUGGGAACAAGUGA